AACAUAGGUAGGUAUCUAGGUAGCUGGGAAGUAUAUAAAAGUAACAGUAGUCUUUACACACAAGUCAAUAGAUCUUUACGAGAACAUCUAAGAUACCUAUCCAUACCCCUAAGACUCAUACGAAAAUUCCCCAACCAAACCAGCUUCAGUCAUAAUAGGUAUCAAUCAUGGCAUCGGAUAAGAAGGUUGUUUUAAUCACAGGUGGUAACACUGGCCUCGGCUUCGAAAUUGCGAAGGCUUUGUACCAGUCUGAAAUUCCCUACGAGGUCAUCAUCGGGACCCGGACUAUAUCCAAGGGCGAGGAUGCCAUCGCAACGCUGCGCAAGGAAAUCCCGCAGUCUGCCUCCUCGCUCAGCCUUGUACAAGUAGACCUCAACUCCGAUACGUCACUUGAGAAGGCCAUCGAAUCCAUCAGCUCGCAACAUGGAAGACUGGACUCAUUAGUCAAUAACGGCGGCGGUAGUUUCGAUUCGGAUAUACAAGAUGGCAAAAUGACUCUACGCGAGGGCUUCAACGCUACUUGGGAUCUCAACGUGUCUGGCACCCAUGUGCUUACGUCGCUUGCGGUCCCUCUGCUGCUUAAGUCUGCUGAUCCUCGUAUCUUGUUUAUCACCAGCGGCACAAGCACACUCACAGAGACUGAGAACACGACUCAUCCCAACCUCGCGCGCCUCAACGCUAGCCCGCCUGCCGGAUGGCCGAAGCCGAAGGUUGGAUUGACCGUGACGGCGUACCGUUCCGCGAAGACGGGUCUGAAUAUGUUGAUGCGUGAAUGGCAUCGCAUUCUCAAGAACGACGGCGUCAAGGUAUGGGCUGUAUCUCCUGGAUUCCUUGCGACGGGAUUAGGAGGGGUCGGCUCCGAGACUUUAAAGAAGAUGGGUGCGCUUGAUCCAUCUGUCGGUGGUCAGUUCGUCAGGGACGUUAUACAAGGGAAACGGGAUGAAGACACUGGGAAGGUUAUUAGAUCAAGUUCUAUCCAACCUUGGUAGACAGCAGAUUCAAGGCAUUAUAUACCUACUAAGCCCGUCACCUUCAGUAGUGUUCUAAUAAUGUUACCCCUAAGUUACUAGGCUAUAUUUGCUGAGAUACAUCACCAUCCUCUAUAGCACAUGUGAUUAAGCCACCAUUUUUUCUAAAUAAUGUGUUUACAAUUAAGGUCAAUGCUAAGUAACCUUUGUUUCAUUUCCUGACUCACAAAGAGAAAGGCCCCAGGAUUGAUUGUUCUUGAAGAAGAACUUGUUUCUAAACAUGCCUAAUCAUUCUAGAACAAUACGAUUCAAACAUUUGGGUAGUUAUAUAAGGUCAUCGAAACUGUUUCUCUUUU